AUGUCGCCUCUUCAUCUCUCCUUCAUCUCCCCUCCAUCUCCCCUUCAUCUGCUCUUCAUCUCCUCCUGUCCUGUCCUACCCGCACAGAUCUGGCUUAAAGUGGGUCCCUAUGGUGCGUACGUCGAGCGAUCGUCGUACGGCAAAGUCUCCAAAGUCAACCGAGCGUCCCUGCCGCCGGGCACCCAUCCCGACUCGGUUGACCUUCCCAAGGCCCUUGAGCUUCUCGCAUUUCCUCGGACCAUCGCCAACGUGAACUUCUUGCCUUCUUACUCUCUAAAUCGCUUCUUUCUCAUCCCACUCAACGUGUGCUUUUACCCUCUCUCCUUCUUUCCUGCACAUUCACAUACACAGGGGCCACACCCAGAGGGGGGAACCGUGCUUCUCUGCAACGGUCCCUUUGGCUUUUACGUGGAGCAUGAUUACCCCGGAAUCGGGCUCAUCAGAGCUUCAUUAGGCACGAACGUGAGUAUCGACGAUGUGACUCUAGAGAGCGCAAUCGAGCGUUUACAGAACGUGAGUAUAGACGAUGUGACUCUAGAGAGCGCCAUCGAGCGCUUACAGGUGAAGCAGGCACGGGCAGAGAGGGCCGCUGCAAAGAAGGCUGCCAAGGCUGCAAAGACGGGCAAGGGGAGCAAGGCGGGCUCAGCAGAAACAAGCACAGAGGCUGGGAAAGGGGGAGAGAAAGAGGCGACCAAAGAGGCGAGAAAAAGAGCAAGCAAAGAGGCGGGUAAAAAGGCGAGCAAGAAUGCAGGGAAGGACAAGAAGGGAGAGCAGUUGCAGCAGGAACAGGUGAAAGGGGAAGGGAUGGGAGCUGGUGGCGCAGGGACAGGAGGGAAGGCAGUGAGAGUGAAAAGGGGCAAGGAGGCGGAGGAGAGGGAGGGGAGGGGGGGAACGGCUCAAGAGUUUACACGUGAGGAGCAGCAGGAACGGAGAGGAAGCAAGGGAGGAGCAGAGGUUGCACGGCGGAACCGGCUUCCUAGAAGGCCGUCGGAACAGCUGAAGGAGAUCAUUGGGAAGGAGCACGAGCAACUGAGCAUAUUCGAAGCAGCACGGCUAGUGUGGGACUAUGUGAAAGCCAAUAAUCUCAAGACCGGAAAAAACACAGCAGCGUUUGACGAGAGGCUAAGGGAGCUCUUUGGAGUUGACGAGGCGCAUUCCACCAAAGUGCCAGGGCUGCUGCUGCCGCACAUGCAGGAAGUUGCUGAAGCGGGGAAGGAAGCUUCUGAAGUGGGAAAGGAAGUUGCUCAGGCUGAAGAGGGAUCUGGAAAGGAGGGAGAAUCGGCCAGGGAAGGAGGGAAGGAGCGUGGUCAAGAAACAAGCAAGCUGAAAGGGCCUAGAAAGCAAGAAAGCAAGGCAGUUGGGAGGAGCAAGGUGACAACAGAUGUGGAGGCUGGAGAAGAGGCUGGAAAGGAGGGAAAAGCGGCCAGGGAAGGAGGGGAGGAGGACCAGGAGCGAGGGGAUACUGAGGAGGGGAGAGGGGGAAGGGGGAGACAGCUCAAGAGGAGGCCAUUGGAACAGCUACAGGAGAUCAUUGGGAAGGAGGUGAGUGAGAUUGAUCUGGCACGAGCAGCUGAGCAUAUUCGAAGCAACACGGCUAGUCACGAGCAGCUGAGCAUAUUCGAAGCAACACGGCUAGUGUGGGACUAUGUGAAAGCACACAACCUCAAGACCGGAAGCCGCACAGCAGCCUUUGACGACAAGCUGAGGGCGCUCUUUGGGGUUGACUCGGCGCAUUCCACUAAAGUGCCGGGACUGCUGCUGCCGCACAUGAAGGAAGUUGAGAGUUCUGACGGUGCUCUGAUUUCUGAAAGCCUUGAUGGGGCUCCCUUUGGGGUUGACGGGGCACAUUCCACGAAAGUGCCGGGGCUGCUGCUACCACACAUGCAGGAAGUUGCUGAAGCGGGGAGGAAAGUUUCUCAUGUGGGGAAGAAAGCUUCCAAAGUGGGAAAGGAAGCUUCUGAAGCGGGGAAGGAAGCUGCUCAAGUGGCCAGCAACCUUCAAGCCGGGCCCAACUCAGCAGCGUUUGACGGCAAGCUGAGGCUUCCCUGUGCUACUUGCCUCACUCCCUCCCUCACUCCCUCCCUCCCUCCCUCCCUCCCUCCCUCCCUCCCUCCCUCCCUCCCUCCCUCCCUUCCUCCCUCCCUCCCUCCCUCCCUCCCUCCCUCCCUCCCUCCCUCCCUUCCCCCCCCCCCCCCUCCCUCCCUCCCUCCCUCCCUCCCUCCCUCCCUCCCUCCCUCCCUCCCUCCCUCCCUCCCUCCCUCCCUCCCUCCCUCCCUCCCUCCCUCCCUCCCUCCCUCCAUUCCCCAUCUCACAGCACGAGCAGCUGAGCAUCCUCGAAGCAACGACCCUUGUGUGGAACUACAUUAA